CAUCGCUUAUCUGGGGAGGGGAAUGAAUGAAUUCAAUUUCAAAGAUCUGAUUCAAAAUUAAACAUACGACAGACGAACGAAACAUUCUCAGUCCUCCGUUGCACACUGAACUCUCUCUCUCUCUCUCUCUCUCUCUCUCUCUCCUUUCCUAUCUUAUCCCUAUCACACACAAACACAAUCGAUCGAACUCAGAUCCCCUGCGGUUCAUAAUGGACAAGCGCGCAGCUGCGAGAAACCCACACGCUUCCACCGCCGAUCUCCUCACCUGGUCGGAGGUUCCUCGCCCCGAUUCCCCGGCGACCCCUCGCUCCGCUACCCGCUCCUCCCAUCAGCCGUCGGAUAAAAUCAGCAAGGUGGUGUUCGGAGGCCAGGUCACCGACGAGGAAGCUCAGUCUCUCUCCAGCGCGAAGCCAUGUUCAGGGUAUAAGCUCAAGGAAAUGACUGGUAGUCGCAUUUUUGGAGCUGAAGGCACCGCAGAUGAUGCAUCUGAAACAAAUCCUACUAACCCUAAUGCCAGAACCACAGUUCGUAUAGUUCAGCAAGCCACAAAUGGGAUCAGCCAAAUCUCGUUUGGCACGGAAGAGACAGUCUCUCCCAAGAAGCCUAAUUCUAUAGCUGAAGUGGCUAAGCAACGUGAGCUGAGUGGAACUUUACAAACCGAUUCUGAUUCGAAGAACAAGAAGCAGAUAUCGAAUGCGAAAAUCAAGGAGAUCAGUGGACAUGAUAUCUUUGCACCUCCACAAGAGCCAGCUCCCCGAUCGGUGCAUGUUGCACGCUCCCUGGAGUCCAGGGAGAACAACAAGGACAUUGGUGAACCUGCUCCCCGGACCAUUCGCACUUCUGUCAAAGUGUCUAAUCCUGCUGGUGGCCAGAGCAAUAUACUAUUUGGUGAAGACCCAGUGGUGAAGACAACAAAGAAGAUACACAACCAGAAGUUUCAGGAGCUAACAGGAAACAACAUAUUCAAGGGAGAUGUUCCACCUGGAUCAGCUGAGAAGACAAUAAGCACAGCCAAACUUAGAGAGAUCAGUGGCAACAACAUCUUUGCUGACGGAAAGGCAGAAUCCAGGGACUACUUUGGUGGCGUUCGCAAACCCCCAGGUGGCGAGAGCAGCAUUUCACUCAUAUAAACUGCUGCUAACUGUUCCCUACCAUCACCAGUUACUACUGGGGUCAAGAUCAAUGUCAUCCCCUGGAACUCCAUAACCAGAUUAUGCUGUUGGCUUUAGUUUAGUUUCUGGGGUCUAUGGUGUUGGCUUUCUCUUUCCGCCUUUUGUCUUUCUUUAUUCACCACCUUAACUUAACCACGUAUGCCAUUGCCAUAGAGUGCUGGACUUCACAGGCUUGUGGAGUUACCUAUGUACUGCUAUUCCCCACUGGACAAAACUUGAGACUCUUUAUAUAUUUCGCUCAAGGUUGUCAAACCGGUUUAUGCCAGUGUGCCGGUUUAGCAAGUGGAAUGGUUCAACCGGUGGCACAUACCGGUUUGUGCCGGUUCAUGCCGGUCAAUAUUACAAAUAAAAUUAUAAAUACUCAUAUUUAAACAUGACAUUUAACGUCAAUACCUAAACAUUUAUACUUGAAUCCAACAAAUA